GCCUGGUGGCAUCACGUUUUUGACAUCUGUGCCUCUGGACCCUGCCCAAGCGAAGGCUGAUCUAGGCGGUCUCAUUGCUGGAGAUGACUGUCAGCUGCUUUCUCUGCAUAGCCACCGUCACAUGCCUCACCACUGGAGCUUGGGAAGCCUGACCACAAACCGGCAUCUCCAAGGCAUGAAUAAUUAGGUAGGCAUAAUGGAAGGCACUCAUUGUACCCUCCAAUUGCAUAAGCCCAUUACGGAACUCUGCUAUAUCAGCUUCUAUCUUCCAAAGGGGGAAGUCAGAGGAUUUUCAUACAAGGGCACUGUAACUCUAGACAGAUCCAAUAAAGGUUUUCAUAACUGCUACCAAGUCAGGGAGGAGUCAGACAUCAUCAGCCUCAGCCAGGAGCCGGACGAACAUCCAGGCGACAUAUUUUUCAAGCAGACUCCCACGAAAGACAUUCUAACUGAGUUGUACAAACUCACAACAGAGAGGGAGAGACUGCUAACCAAUCUCCUGAGCUCAGACCAAAUCCUGGGGAUCACGAUGGGGAACCAGGAGGGGAAGCUGCAAGAGCUGUCCGUGAGCCUGGCCGCCGAGGAUGACUGUUUCCAGAGUGCUGGUGACUGGCAGGGAGAGCUCCCCGUGGGCCCUCUCAAUAAGAGGAGCACCCACGGGAACAAAAAGCCUCGGAGGUCUGGUGGAAGGAGAGAGAGCUUUGGGGCUCUCCCACAGAAGAGGACAAAAAGAAAAGGGCGUGGAGGCCGAGAAUCAGCUCCUCUGAUGGGCAAGGACCAGAUCUGUUCCAGCCACUCCCUUCCUCUUUCUAGAACAAGACCUAACCUUUGGGUACUAGAGGAGAGAGGAAAUCUGCUCCCGAAUGCGGCACUUGCCUCCUCCCUGCAGAGGAGAGAGAGCUGCCCCCCAGAUAUUCCCAAGACGCCAGACACAGACCUUAGCUUUGGGAGCUUUGAGACGGCUUUCAAGGACACUGGGCUUGGAAGAGAAGUGCUGGCCCCUGACUGCAGCUCCACAGAGGCAGGAAGGGAUGGUGUUCGGAGGCCACCGAGCAGGCUGGAACAUCAGCAAACAGGUUUGUCUGAAAGUCACCAGGACCCUGAGAAGCAUCCAGAGGCAGAAAAGGAUGAGAUGGAGAAGCCGGCUAAGCGGACUUGCAAGCAGAAACCUGUCUCCAAAGUGGUGGCCAAAGUUCAGGACCUGUCCUCCCAGGUACAAAGAGUAGUUAAAACGCAUUCUAAGGGUAAGGAGACGAUUGCCAUUUGCCCAGCAGCCCACGCUGAGUUUGUACCCAAAGCUGACUUGCUCACCCUCCCGGGAGCUGAGGCUGGGGCUCACGGUUCCAGGUGGCAGGGCAAGGAGCGGCAAGGGGAUGGGUCAUCGCAGUCGCCAGCCAGGGAAACAGCCUCCAUUUCUAGUGUGUGGGCCAGUGCCGAGGGGGCCGUGAACAAGGUUCUCCUGAAGGUGAUAGAGAGCGAGAAGCUAGAUGAAGCCCCUGAGGGGAAAAGACUGGGCUUCCCUGUUCACACGAGUGUCCCCCACACUCGCCCAGAAACCAGAAACAAGAGGAGAGCCGGGUUGCCCCUCGGUGGCCACAAGUCCUUGUUUCUGGAUCUGCCCCACAAAGUAGGUCCUGACUUCUCACAACCCAGAGGUGAUAAGAAGAAGCCAUCCGCCCCAGCACCGGCAGCUCUCGGCAAGGUGUUCAAUAAUUCAGCCUCGCAGUCCAGCACUCACAAACGGACGUCACCUGUUCCCUCGCCUCUGUCUCCAAGGCUCCCCAGUCCUCAGCAGCAUCACAGGAUCCUCCGGCUCCCUGCACAGCCUGGUGAGAGGGAAGCUGCUCUUAAUGACUCUCGUGGUAGAAACAGCCGUGUCUUCUCUGGGUGCGUCUCUGCUGACACCUUGGAGCCACCAUCCUCUGCAAAGGUCACGGAGACCAAAGGAGCCAGCCCGGCCUUCCUCAGAGCAGGCCAACCUCGGUUGGUGCCUGGGGAACCUUUCGAAAAGAGCUUGGGGCCAGGGAAGACCACAGCUGAGCCCCAGCACCAGUCACCUCCAGGUAUCUCCUCUGAGGGCUUUCCCUGGGAUGGCUUCAAUGAGCAGACACCUAAAGACCUUCCCAACAGAGAUGGAGGUGCGUGGGUUCUGGGCUACAGAGCGGGACCAGCCUGCCCAUUUUUGCUUCAUGAGGAAAGGGAGAAGUCAAACAGGAGUGAGUUGCACUUGGAUCUCCAUCCUGACCACAGCCCGACAGAGCAGGAUGACAGGACUCCUGGAAGACUUCAAGCUGUCUGGCCACCUCCAAAGACAAAAGACACAGAAGAAAAAGUGGGACUGAAGUACACUGAAGCAGAAUACCAAGCUGCUAUUUUACACUUGAAGAGGGAGCACAAAGAAGAAAUUGAAAACCUGCAGGCCCAGUUUGAACUUCGGGCAUUUCAUAUCCGGGGCGAGCAUGCAAUGGUAACAGCGAGACUAGAAGAAACCAUUGAAAAUCUGAAACACGAGCUAGAACACAGAUGGCGAGGGGGUUGUGAAGAGAGGAAAGACGUGGGCAUUUCCACCGAUGAUGACUGCCCUCCAAAGACCUUCAGAAAUGUGUGCAUCCAGACAGACAGAGAGACCUUCCUCAAGCCCUGCGAAGGUGAAAGCAAGACAACCAGAAGUAAUCAAUUAGUACCCAAAAAGCUGAAUAUCUCCUCCUUAAGCCAGCUCUCACCCCCAAAUGACCACAAAGACAUCCAUGCAGCACUCCAGCCAAUGGAAGGCAUGGCAUCAAAUCAGCAGAAGGCAUUGCCUCCACCUCCCGCACCGCCCUUGCCAGCAUCCAUCCCUCCCCCUCCGCCCCUCCCCCCGGGACUUGGAUCUUUGUCUCCCGCACCUCUAAUGCCACCUGUGAGUGCUGGGCCACCGCCACCACCUCCGCCACCUCCUCCACCGCCACCUCUACCUCCACCUUCAAGUGCUGGACCUCCACCACCGCCACCCCCACCCCCACUUCCUAACUCCCCUGCCCCACCCAACUCUGGAGGGCCUCCUCCUGCUCCACCACCUCCAGGACUUGCACCCCCACCUCCCCCUGGACUCUUCUUUGGACUUGGCUCUUCCAGUCAAUGUCCUCGAAAACCAGCCAUUGAGCCCAGUUGUCCCAUGAAGCCUUUAUAUUGGACUAGGAUACAAAUAAGUGAUAGGAGCCAAAAUGCUACACCAACCUUAUGGGACUCCUUAGAAGAACCUGACAUUCGGGACCCCAGUGAAUUUGAGUAUUUAUUCUCCAAAGACACAACUCAACAGAAGAAAAAACCUCUGUCAGAGACAUAUGAGAAAAAAAACAAGGUCAAAAAGAUCAUCAAAUUGUUGGAUGGAAAACGAUCUCAAACUGUGGGAAUCUUGAUAUCUAGUUUACACUUAGAAAUGAAGGAUAUCCAACAGGCCAUUUUCAAUGUGGAUGACUCCGUGGUUGAUCUGGAGACCCUGGCAGCCUUAUAUGAAAACAGAGCCCAAGAGGAUGAGCUGGUUAAAAUAAGAAAGUAUUACGAGACAUCCAAAGAAGAAGAACUGAAGCUGCUGGAUAAACCUGAGCAAUUUUUACAUGAGUUAGCCCAGAUUCCUAAUUUUGCUGAACGUGCCCAGUGCAUAAUCUUCAGAUCUGUCUUUUCUGAGGGUAUCACCUCCUUGCACAGAAAGGUGGAGAUCAUCACGCGAGCUUCUAAGGGCUUGCUGCACAUGAAGAGUGUGAAGGAUAUUUUAGCUCUCAUCUUGGCUUUUGGAAAUUAUAUGAACGGAGGAAAUAGGACUCGGGGACAAGCCGAUGGAUAUAGCUUAGAAAUUCUGCCCAAACUCAAGGAUGUCAAAAGUCGGGAUAAUGGGAUUAAUCUGGUGGACUACGUUGUUAAGUAUUACCUGCGUUACUAUGAUCAGGAAGCUGGAACAGAAAAGAGUGUUUUCCCCUUGCCGGAACCACAGGAUUUCUUUCUGGCCUCCCAAGUCAAGUUUGAAGACCUCAUAAAAGAUUUGAGAAAACUGAAGAGGCAACUAGAAGCAAGUGAGAAACAGAUGGUGGUGGUGUGCCAGGAGUCCCCAAAGGAGUAUCUCCAGCCUUUCAAGGACAAACUAGAGGAGUUCUUCCAAAAAGCCAAAAAAGAGCAUAAGAUGGAAGAAAGUCACUUGGAGAAUGCACAGAAAAGUUUUGAAACAACAGUAGGAUAUUUUGGGAUGAAGCCAAAGUCUGGUGAGAAGGAGAUCACACCCAGCUACGUGUUUAUGGUGUGGUACGAGUUCUGCAGUGACUUCAAGACAAUUUGGAAACGGGAGAGUAAAAACAUAUCUAAAGAAAGAUUGAAAAUGGCUCAGGAAUCAGUCAGCAAGUUGACCUCAGAGAAGAAAGUGGAGACAAAGAAAAUCAAUCCCACUGCUAGCCUGAAAGAAAGACUGCGUCAGAAGGAAGCCAGUGUGACCACUAACUAAGAUGAAGACACAUGGAAAUGAUGGCACUGGAGAUGGAGGACCUUGCACGCAUACUCUUUGUGACCACAGGGUUGCAGGAUGUUCUUGAAAGGUGUGUCACUAAAUGUUUGUUUUGCUCAUCUCUUUCUGAGGUCAUCUGCAGAGAGUGCCCCAUGCCUUCUUUAAGAAGUCCCUCAUUAAGCCACAGGAACAAUGGAAAACUAUUUAAGGGAACAUUGCAGAAAUAUUUGAUGACUGUUUCUUGUCGAAGCCCAAAGUCCUCUUUGUUCUAAGACCAGAAGAAGUAACAAAAUGUUUCCCAAAUUUUUUUAAAAUCUGAGAUUUCCAGCUCUAUAACCAAAGCUUGAUAUAUGUCACAUUGUCACAGAAGAGAGAAAGGAUCAUCGAGGACGGUUGCCUUGGGAGAGUUCAAGUCUUUGCCGUUACACACUGCUGUUUUGAUUAUUGGUCUUAGUUUUGAUCCUGUUGCAGCAAAAUCCACAGCAUCUUUCUCUCCAAUAAUGUUGCAGCUCACCAAAACUAUUCUUGAAGAGGUCCAAGAACACAUAUUUUCCAGACUAGAAAAAUGAUUUUUUGUUGUUAUGGUUUACUUAAUGAAAAGGAGAAAAAACAGAAUCGUACCUGGGUGGAGAGAGGGAGACAAAUAGCCAUAAACUUCAUCCUGGAGAACGAGUUACCAUGCAAGAAGUUGACAUCAGUUAUUAAGUGAGGCCCAUUCUUGUUUUUACAUCAGUCCUUUGUGGUUUUCUGGGCCAGCAGAGAUUCUGCACCCCAACUCCCAGGAGAAACUGUAAUACCUGAGCAAGCACAGCCUUGAGGUCAGAGAACCUGCUUGAACAAGAGACCCAGCAGCGGAGCACCUUUUACAUUUUGGACCGUUCAUGAAUGGGCAAUGUUGUGUUGACAUGCAGCCGAGUUCUAUGUAAUGUGCUGUGACUGUGCAGCUGGACCCCCCCACACAUACACCCCCGUCCCCAGGAGGCAGUUUCCAGACAGGAGAGCAAAUGCAACUCACAGCCCCCGCUCAUGACCUUGGCUGAUAGGCAUGUGAAGUAGGGUGAAGCAGGACUCUUUAAUGUCAAAAAACUGAAGGGCAGAAAAAAGGUUCCUUACAUCAAAAUGAAAAGAAAGUAAUUACAUUAAUAGAAAACUUCCAAGUGGAAUAUUGUUCAUAGGCAGCUCUUUCUGACCCUAGCUCUUAAGUCACAUAAGGAAACCACCUUUGACCUCUCUGACACUUUUGUCUUUAAGCCACCUCUCGGAAUUUAUCUUCUGAGGGGUGAAGAAAGAGGACUGGAGAUGAAUUGAGAAUAUGAUCAAAGACUCAUUUUUAGGCCUUGAAGAGGCCAAGCUUUCUCCAGUUGGUGGAGGACAGUCCAGAGCUGAGCAGGAAUCUUAAAUUCCUUCCUGAUCCAGCCACCACAUGUGGCCUGCCCCUUGCCCCAGCAUCUUUCCAGAACCCUUGGACCUGCCAGGUGCCUGAGCAUCUUCCCAGGAUAUGCCUGCCAGCCAGCAGCCCCUCAGGAAUGCUUCUAUAAUAGAUCCAGUAAUGAAAGCAGCACCACAUCCUAAUCUAAUGUCAGCUUCGGGAAUGAAGACUGCGGUCAGGGUCAAAUCAAGUCACAGAAGCCAUAUUCAUGCAGGUGCUAACCGCCUUUUCUACUGGUGCAACUGAAAGGAAUAUGGUAACAUGGUUGGAUUUUUAAAAUUCAAAAUGAAGGAAUGAGACAAGCAAAAUAGAAAAGCUGAGAAGGGACAUGCAUGACUAAAAAGGCUUGAAGUUGCUUGUGAGCAAGAAGCUUUUUAUGCUGCUUUCUUACAUAGUUUCUCUUCAUUUUCACUUAACUCUGAAGACAACCAAAAGAACGGAUCAAUUAAAAACUAAUUCCACUUACAACCAUCAUAUGCUCCUUCUAGUGUUACCACGCACAAGAAAAGUGCCAGUUUUACCCAUGCCAUAGAAAUCAGCUCUUUUGAGUUCUGUGGGGCCAGCAGAAGUCUAAAUCCUCAUAGGCUUGAUGGUGAGAGCAGCGGGAGGUUUGAGGUGGAGUCACUGCAGUCCACUUGGGUCUCUAAACAGGAUGCUCACGAGAAAUCAGUGAAGGUAAGAAGGGCUGCCACUGUGGCCACGUAACCCUUCAGGAACCAGUGCUGAAGAGUAAUGAGUGAAAACACUUAAUUUGAGAGUUAAGACAAAUGCAGCCCACUUUGGAUUUCAUCCUAGUGAACAGACUAAAACUUUGCAGUAAAAUACCUAUUUCCACAAAGCAAGGUUUGCCUGCCUCGGUUGGGGAAACCUAGUGGUUUUGUCACACUAGUCGAUGUAUGAUGUUAGCGUUGUAAGACACCAUGGCAGAAUCUUCAUUAUUCUCACCUAUUCUGAACCCUGCGUCAUAUAUCUGGGAUGCCCCCUCCCAAGUCCACCAAUGUACCAUGUUGCUGACACAGCCUUCUUUUUUAACUCAAAUUGAUGCUCAGUAAAGGUCAAUGACAAUUUGUUCAAGGAAUUUCAUCUAAAAUAAUCUGGAGGCCUUGAAAAUGACCCCUCUAAAAUAACGUUGAGCUUGUGUUCAGUGCAGCAGGAGGAUCUGAACUUUUCCUGGAGAGGAGGUUAUCAGGAUGCCAUUUGGCAGCUUGAGCACAUCCAGCCAGCAGGCUUUAAGUGGCUGUUCUAAGCAUAGCCCUCCCUGAACUGGAAAGGAGAGUAAGCAGUGUUGCUGUGCUGCAUCUAACCAGACACUCACACCUAACUUAGUAGUAACUCUAAGAACCCUUAACUUACAAACAACUUUGUCUCCUCCUAGACAAAAUUCAUUAAAUCUGAGGACACAGUUUGACAGUAGUUCAGAUUCUUGCAUGAGCAAUUGACAAUAAGCAUCAGAGCACACAAUAUCAUAAGUUACAUAAAUUACACAAAGUAUAUCAUAAAUUACACUACAGACAUAUUAGGUAAAAAGCAUCAGGCCCAGGCGAGGCACGGUGGCUCAGGCCUGUAAUCCCAGCACUUUGGGAGGCCGAGGCAGGUGGAUCAUGAGGUCAGGAGAUCGAGACCAUCCUGGCUAACAUGGGAAAAACCCGUCUCUACUAAAAAUACAAAAAAUUAGCCUGGUGUGAUGGCGGGAGCCUGUAGCCCCAGCUACUCAGGAGGCUGAGGCAGGAGAAUGGUGUGAACCUGGGGGGCGGAGCUUGCAAUGAGCCGAGAUCGCGCCACUGCACUCCAGCCUGGGCGACAGUGAGACUUUCAAAAAAAAAAAAAAGCAUCAGGCCCGUGAAGUAUCAAACACCAGGUUAGGAGGUGUGCUGUAUGGUUUUUACCUCAAGAAGUGGCAGCUUAUUGGGGAAAAAGAAAAGAAAAAGUGUGGCCAAGCAGAAGUGGAUGUUUAUGAUGACGGUGGGGGCCCAGAGGUCAUAGGUGAUGGCCCUACUGCCCAACAACAGUUGCCUUUUGAAUCCUUAUGUUGAUGAUGGUGUCUUUCUACACACUCACUGCAACUACUCAGGAAUUAUGGAGAAAGAUUUUCGAAAAUCUGAGAAGUGGAAUAAGGAAGCCCAGUGGAGCUAUUAACACUUUUAAAUGUUCUAGCCAAAACAAAUUGCCAGUAUGGUUGAGGAAUUGAGUAUCAGAUGGCAUGCAGUCUCCCCUCCCCUCCCCUAUCAAGGACAGUAGAAGCUGCAAACCUCUUCUCAGCCUCCUUCAGGCACCUCCUGUUUUCAUAAGCACCAUAAAGAAUGGUGUUUCCUAAAUGAAAAGUUCAGAUACUGCUGGUAAAGAAACUGGAAAAACUGAAGGAAGGAAUAAAAUACGUUGGUAGUAUUAACACCUCCAAUAAGAUAAGUCAUUGGUACGGUUUUUCUAAGGGCCACAGUGAGAUGUAGAAGAAGAAAUAUGUAUAUUUUGGGCAAAGAUUUGCCUAUUGGCCUGGGAUUGCACAUUUUCUCUAUGCUGUUUGCAACAGAUAAAUUUUCAUUUUAAUGAUACUCUUCCUUUCUUGAAAGUUAUAUGUCCUCAUUUCUAUUUCUGCUUCUCCCUUGGCCAGUGUCAUUGAUGCAGAUCAUUGCAUACAACAGCAGAGCAAACUGCACCAAGUCAGUGUGUGAAGGGGAAUUAGCAAUGCACGCUUGCAGGCUCUUUUUCCAGGAACCAGGUUGUAACAUUGACAGCGGAACCUCUUCAUUCCCUGACAUACUAAAUUGGUCAAUUUUGUAGUACUCACCUCCAUCCACAAAAACAACAAAGAUAAAAUCAAUUUGGAGCCUUAUAUGACAAAAAGGAAGAAGUCCAAAAAUAUAUAGCCUUCCCCCCUCCCACAUAUCUGAUCCAAAUAUUAAAUAUCUGAUUUUAUAAAAUAGUUUAAAUUGUCUUUUUAAAUUGCUAACAAGAAGCAUCAGUUAUAUUUGAGCUUCAUUUUUCUUUUAUCCUGUCUGUUCUAAUAAAAACAAAAAUGGCCAAAAGGUGGGGAGUAAAGAAAAAGCUUCCAUUUUUUAAAAUUUGUUUUGUGUUAGUUAUUUUACCUUUAGGGACCCUACAACUGAAGAGAGUGGAGAGAAUAAAGAAGUGAACUUUCAUUCAUGUCUGCUACUUUGUCCUCAUAAAGAAAUCUGCAACACAGAUGAAACCAGUCUGUGUGGCCAAGCUGAUAGGAUUUGAAAAGAGUGGAUAAUUUUUAGCCUUUCCAAAAUGCAAAUAACUUGUUGGAUAUAUUUCCAUUUUCCAGCUAUAGAGAGAAUCCAGCUGCCUGGAAACCAUUACUAGUAUAGAAGUGGCUUAAAGAAAAGCACCUUCAAAUACUCGACUCAGCAGAUCUUUCUUCUUUAGACUUACAUAAUGAUAUUCAUAUCUCCAUUAGCAAUUGAAUCCAGGCAUAACCAGGCUCAGUUACACAGCUUAUCUGUGACUAGCCUAUUUUGUGUCAUUUCUGCACACCCGUCCGCUGUUGACACCUUAUUAGAGGCACUGCAUUUUGGUUUCACAAUUCUUCAUCUCCCUUCCCAAGGAAUGGGCAAUCUACCGAACUUCCAGAUCAAUGCUUUGUUGGGAAGUGAUGAAUUUAAGAGAGUUUUAACACGUCAAAUUUGAAGCCAAUUCAGUAUCCUUAUUCGUUCCAAGACUCUUAACCAAUACUGUGAUAUAAAGUUAGCAUUUGGGAAACUUCUGUAGUUAACAACUUGGAAACGUGAAGAUAUUAAAAUGGCAACUGGCUAACUCUGUCUCUUAAGCCACUAUGCAAUUUCUACCAAUGGAGAGAUUAGGGAAGCAAAUUAAGCGUCAUUUGGUAGGUCUGCUGUCUGGUGGAACUUACGGAACUUAUUUCCUCUUCUAUCCCCAGCCCUUCUCCUAACUACUCUGGUGAUAACCAGGGGCAUAGAAGACCUUUUCUCCCUUACCCUUCUCUUCUAUGAUAGGGUGGUGGUCUUCAGUCAAGAGCUCACGUGAACACCAGACUUUAUAUUACAUCUCUGAAGUUCUUGAUGUGGGAAAGAUUGACUUUUAUUCCAUUUUUAUAUGAAGGCGUUAGAUAUAGCCAUGAAUUUAUUUUUCUACAUUCCCUCUAAGUUUAUGUAAUUUUCUGUUUUUAAAUCUUCUCUUAAAUGUAUUGAGAUCUCUAGUCUCUCCCUUUCUAAAGGCUGAUCCAACUACACUUGUGGGCUAUUUUUCCAAGCUUUGUGUGAAACUUGAUAACAUUGGGCCAGCAAAAUCAAAGGAGACUAUAGUUUCAGGCAGAAAAUCACGUCCAAAUAAUCUGGCAUGGAUUGAACAACCUCUACCACACUAUAGCUGUCACAUAGGCUGAACAUUUUCCUAAAUUCUACCUGUGCAGACACUGAGGGGCUCUCUGUCUUUGAAACUAUGAGAACGUCUUUAAUGAAUAUGAGUAUUUCUCUCCAUGUAUAGUAUGAGCUGCCAAUGCAUUAUCUUAGUACAUCAAGAAGGAAAUCAGAUUUCAGGCACACAUUAGCAAUGGUUUGUUAACGUCCUUGGCAAACGUGUACCUACUUUCCUUCAUUGUUCUCUUCAGGGGCUUUCUUCCACUUUCCUCUCAUGAAACAAAUGUGUUUUUGACUGUUCAACUGGGUUCACUUUCCAGAUCUGUCUUUCCCAAAUGAAAGGUUAGUCCCAUAGACCACUGGCUAUUCAGGGAAAUUACUCUCUACCUCCCCAUGACAUGGAUGAUAAGUGUUCAGGGAUGAACACUCUGGGAACUCUUAGCAUGGAUUUUGAAUUCCAGAUUUCUUUAUAGGAGAUGUAUAAAAGAGUUUAUAGCAUACAAAAAUUAUACUGCUCUUCCCAGUAAGGGACUAAAAGGACAUUUGAAAUCUUUACAUUUUAGAUGUUUUUGUGAAUUAUAAAUACCUUCUUUUUCCUCGCUUCGUGCUAACUUGUCUCUAGAUAAAAUCUUAUUUCUUCAUACGUUGGGCCACAAGGCAUGAAGAAGGUAGCUCAGCCCCACUAAGACUGUUCUGCAUAAUCUUUGGCAGGCUUCCAUUUCCAUUGAAAACAAAUCCAUGAGUGAGAGGGAAAGUCUAGUAUCAAUUCUUCUGUUUGCUCACAAUGACACAAAUAGGUUUUGGGGAUCUACCUAAGGGAUAGGUCUACUCCAAAAUUAUUAAUUUUAUAAUUGUGCAAUUCUAUAAUUUCCCAAGGCAUAAGUAAUAUGACCCUACUCUCAGCUAGAUGUCUAAUCUUCACAGAGAGUAUGCAUUAAUAAAAAGGACUUCCCUUUAAAGAACCAAUCUAAAAUACUAAAAAGGCAGAAACUUUUAAAAUUAGAAAUUGGAUAAUUUUUAAGAAUCUUUAGAGAAAACAUUGAUUUAUCAUGGUCUUUUUCUUUCAUUGAGUUUUCAUUUAGACUAGCAUGGCAAGCAGGGUGGCCUUGGACUUUGAUUUAGGGGAUCGUGCUUUGGCCUGGAAAGUAAGCACUGGCCUGCAUGCCUAGAACCUAAGUGAAGGCGGUCAGCAUCCUAGUAUGAAUCAGACCUAGCAGAAAUGUAAAUUAUUUCAAGUACUUCAGGGUUUAGUUUUCUUAGUGACACCCUGGACCCUGGAUGCUGCUUUCUAAAGUGCACCUGAUCCAUGCAGGUUUUAUGUCUUCAUAUAACUGGUAUCUUGUGAGGUUGCAAGCAAUGGGAUGAGCAAGAAAAAAAGGACGCAUGGAGGAGAAAAAUUUGAACGAGGCUAGUGCAAUGUUUUGCUGAUAGAUUACAUUGUUAGGGAGCUGGUGAUUUUUGCCAUGGUUGUAUCAUGGACAGCUUUUCCGUGGAAAUUCAAGGCAUCUGUAUUAGGCGCAUGUGAGUGCCCAUGAUCUUGUAUUGGUCAGUGCCAGACAAUGUACUGGGAAAGCAGGUACCCCAGAGAAACUGGUCUGUGCUUGGUUUAACAGCUCCGGCAAUUUCAGAUCCAUGGGGUUGCUUGUCCAUAGACCCUGUUUACUCCAUGCCUGUUCAAAAGUCAUUUUGACUUCUAGCUUUGUUUCACUUUCUCCUUUCAGUACUUCUGUUUCUGCGUCCUUUUCCUUCAUAUUCCAUGGCUAUUUUUUUCCUACUUUACAGUUUCCCCCAGACCCAGAUUUUUUCACCUCUCUGCAUCAUAGACAACUGAGUAUCUCCCUUGGCCCCUCCUCCAUCCCCUCACACCCUGUGCUCCAUUCCUCAGCCGUUUGGACAGGGAGCCCCGCUGUCACCAAGGAGCCCAUGUGAGACACACUGCUGUGACUGCCUCUUGUUAAUGUCAGCAUCACCUCAUCACUUAAGCAAAAAGGAAAAUCCAUAAAAGAGAUGGAAAAUACGUCUCUUUUUAUUUUACUUUAAGAAGGUUGGGCGGGGUGGAGGGGGGUGUUACUCUAGGCCUUCUCAAUUUCUCAUAGAUUUUACCUUAAACUAAUUAAGGCCAUUCUCUUGAUAAAUUUGUACAUCAGACUGGGUCACCAGCUAUAAUGCAGAAGGCCAAAUUUUUGAAUCUCAAGUAACUUUCUGUGCUACUGGACAAAUUGACUUAAUUCUGUGCAGGCAAACACUUUGAAUCAUAAGGAUUUUUAUUGCCACUCCAUUCUUACUACUACUCAUGAUUCAAACAUCUACCCCUGUUCUGAAUCAGGAUGUUGACACUUUUUGGUUAUUUUCAGAUGAACAGUAACUGCUACACUCUUGAAAGUACUUAAAAGUGUAAGCAUGUCCUAAAUAGCCAUUUAACCUGGUAAAACAUAGGCUUUUCUGUUUAAAUGUUAGACCAAUCUGUAGAUAAAAUCUGAAAGGAUUUUAGGCAGUAAUGAAGGCAGUUGGGGAAAGGAGAACGCCCUUUAAAGACAUGAAACCUUACAUGCUCUUGGAUAUUUUUAAGCAUAAUAAGCUCAUUGGAUUCAGGUAUUUUUCCCUUUGCAUUUUUAAAAAUAUGUAUUUCUGAUUUGUUUGCAUAUUUAAUUUUGUCAAAGCUGAGAAAUGCUCGUGAGUUGAAUUUAUAAAUGUCAUUUGCAACCAAAUGAAGUAUUUAUUUUUAAAAAGAAAGGGUGAAGGAACCAACACUGAUUUGUACAUAAUAAAAAUAUGUGUGUAUUAUAUAUAUAUAUUUUUUUCCUCGACAGUGCUUGGUCACCAUAUCAAGUGUAUUUUUGUACAUAAUAUAUAUUGAUUAGAAAAACGUCAAUUGUCUAUUCAAAAAAUUCUGUCUCUGUGAUAGAUUAUAUUUAUCCUAAUCUGUUGAUACCUCUGUUAAUUUGUUUUAAGAGAUAGAAUUAUAUUUUUUGGAAUUUACAGAGAAUUGCAUUCAUGGCUUUCAAUUGUAAAUAUGCUAAGGGUAUUUUAAUAAAUCUUGGUUUCAUGUCCA